ACCUCGGGCGGCGGCAGGAGCUGGAGGAGGAGCAGCAGAGCCCGCUCGCAGCCCCAGCCCCAGCCCGCUGCUCUGCCGCCGGCCGCAGGUUGCCGUGUGUGUGGUACAUCAAAAGAUUUAGUGUCAAGGAUUUAACCUGAGUGGGCUGCACUCAGUCUCCUGCAGGAAUUUCAAAAUGACCAAACAGACUAUAGUGGAGUGGAGAAAUUCGGAUUUUGCCAAUGAAUCCUGUUUCCUGUAAUGGAUUCAUCCCAGGAAGUGAGAUUCAAGCUUAUGGAAAGGAGUUAGAGACUUGCAAAGUAAUAAUUUAAAAAAAUCUCAUGCUAAAGACAGGCAUCCUAUCUGCACCAAUGCAAGCUGAUCUGGAGCUUUGUGCUUAGAACUGAUGAUGAAUUGCCUGUGGUUUUGGGGAGGCUAACUCUUGCUUUCAACUGCAUUGGAAAUCUGAAGUUAAUGCCCAUGAGAAGUGAAAUCAGAGAACGUGGGUUACUCGGUGUGCCUAAAGAUCACAGAGGCAGCAGCGAAACGACAAAACUUCUCUUUGAAGCAGUGGCUUCAGCUGUGUCACUGUGUGCACUGGGAGCUGAGAUAAAGAGCAGCCAGCCUGGGAGAAGAUGCCAGCUAAAGGGAAAUACUUCUUCAACGAGAGCGAUGACUGCAGGAUAUCAGACCCGCUCUAUGAGAAGUACCGCUACACCAGCCAGCAGCAUCCCCUCCUGCUGCUGCUGCUCUUCAUUGCCAUCCUCUUCUGGACUACUCUAAUUAUAAUCUUUUUUGUUACUGCUGAGGCACAGUCCCACCUUGCCUUCAUCAUCGCUGUGUGCGCUGCCCUGGCCGUGUUUGCAGUCAUGUAUUUACUGCUGUGCAUGGAAUCCCUGUUUCGGAGGUGGCUGACGUGGUUUGGAGUGAUGAUUUGGAUCUGCUUCCUCACCGUGGGAUAUGUAUCCCUUUUUGAAAAAGGAAGUGAUUAUCAGCUGUGGGAGCAGGUGCCAUUCUUUCUGUUCAUAAUCUUCACAGUUUAUACCAUGCUACCCUUUGGGAUGAGAGGUGCUGUCAUAAUUAGUGUUGUUUCUGCUCUCUCCCAUAUUAUUGUUUUAAGCACUGUGGUAAGUGUGGUAAGUGUGACUUCUCAAGAAAAUAAGGAAUCCAUUCUAUUUCAGCUCCUUGCCAAUGCUGUAAUUUUCCUUUGUGGCAACUUCAUGGGUGCAUUUCACAAACGCCAAAUGCAGGUUGCUUCGUGGGAUUUGUACAGAUACACCUUAAAGUGCAUUCAGGUCCGAAUGAAACUGAAGAUUGAAAAGAGGCAACAAGAAAAUUUGCUUUUAUCCAUCCUGCCUGCUCAUAUCUCUAUGGAAAUGAAGCUGGCAAUCAUUGAGCGACUGAAGGAAACUAAUGAUAACAGGCAAAUGCACGACAACAACUUCCACAGCCUAUACGUAAAAAGGCACCAAAAUGUUAGCAUUCUUUAUGCAGACAUUGUAGGAUUCACUCGCCUGGCCAGUGACUGCUCUCCUAAGGAACUUGUAGUGAUGCUGAAUGAACUCUUCGGAAAGUUUGAUCAGAUUGCAAAGGAGAAUGAAUGCAUGAGAAUAAAAAUCCUGGGAGACUGUUACUACUGUGUCUCAGGCCUGCCUGUGUCCUUACCAGUUCAUGCCAGGAACUGUGUUAAAAUGGGGCUCGACAUGUGUGAAGCCAUAAAGCAGGUGAGAGAAGCCACGGGCGUGGACAUCAACAUGAGGGUUGGGAUCCACUCUGGGAACGUGCUGUGUGGGGUGAUCGGCCUGAGGAAGUGGCAGUACGACGUGUGGUCCCACGACGUGUCCCUGGCCAACCGCAUGGAGUCCGCCGGCGUGCCGGGCCGUGUGCACAUCACUGAAGCAACGUUAAAUCACCUAGGCAAAGCUUAUGAAGUAGAAGAAGGGAAUGGACACCUGAGGGAUCCUUACCUUGAAUCCAUGAAUAUCAAAACCUACUUAGUGGUCGAUCCAAGGUCCAAACAAUGCCUGUCAAACAACCACCUCCCUAAAACGCGGGUGAACGACGGGCUGAAGAUGCGCGCGUCCGUGCGGAUGACGCGGUACCUGGAGUCCUGGGGAGCAGCCAGGCCCUUCGCCCACCUGAGCCACAGGGAGAGCGUCAGCAGCGACUCCUCCAGCUGCCAGGGCAGGCGCAGAAAGGAAAUACCUUUGUGUUCUACUGGACGCCAGAGAACUUCUGACAGAAAUUCAUCUCAGAAGGGAAGGAUAGAGGAAGAUAUUUAUGAUGAAAUGAUGUCAACCAUUGAAGGCCUCAGUUCAACUACUCCCUGGUGUGGCAAAUCAGAUGACUUCUGUGGAUUCUCACUGAUCUUUGCAGAGCCUGGUCUUGAAAAAGAGUAUCGCAACAUUCCUAUUCUAAAACUCAAGAGUUACUUCGUGUGUGCCAGUUUUGUGUUCCUCUGUAUAUUUGUGAUCCAGAUGUUUAUCAUGCCAAAAACUGCAAAACUGGGAAUUUCCUUUGGAGUUGUUGCAGUCAUCAUUGUGCUUAUUUUGUUUGUGUGCUUUGCUGAGAAAUGUCUGAAGUGCUGCUCAGAUCAGUGGCCUCUCCUGCGCCAUCUGUGUGCUGUCUCAGAAAAGGUGGAGACAAUGCCUUUACUUAGGCUGCCUUUAGCAGUCAUCACUAUAGCUGCCUUGCUGAUUAUAGCCAUUUUUAAUUUGACUACUGAAAAGAACAAACCUGCCAAUUUUACUGGACCAAAUGAACUGUGCACUACCACCUAUACUUUUGGAAACACAACUCAUUCCUGCGUAGAGGAAACUUAUUAUGCUUACUGCUGUAUAUUGGGGUUCAUUGCCUGCUCGGUAUUUCUUCAAAUGAGCUUCGAACUCAAAGUUCUCCUCCUGUCCAUUGCUGUGACUCUCUACCUCAUCAUUUUUAAUACCCUUCAGCACAAAGACAUCUAUGGCAACAGUACCAGGUUUUUCAUCAAAGACCCAAGGAUAAUGACUAAUUUAUAUUUGGUUCUGUUUUACAUAACCCUAGUUUUACUUGCAAAACAGAUUGAUUAUUACUGUCGACUGGAUUGUCUGUGGAAGAAUAAGUUUAAAAAAGAACAUGAACAAUUUGAAACUAUGGAGAAUGUUAAUAGGCUUUUGCUGGAAAAUGUACUGCCAGCACACGUUGCUGCAUAUUUCAUUGGAGAAAAACGAAAUGAGGACUGGUACCAUCAAUCCUAUGACUGUGUCUGUGUCAUGUUUGCAUCAGUACCAGAUUUUAAGGUGUUUUACACUGAAUGUGAUGUCAAUAAAGAAGGCUUGGAAUGCUUGAGGCUGUUAAAUGAAAUCAUUGCUGAUUUUGAUGAGCUCUUGUUAAAACCUAAAUUUAGUGGUGUUGAAAAAAUAAAAACAAUUGGAAGCACAUACAUGGCAGCAGCUGGUCUCAGUGUUACACCAGGCCAGGAGAACAACCAGGAUAGGGAAAGGCAGAACGCUCACAUUGGGAUUAUGGUGGAGUAUGGGAUUGCCCUGAUGAGUAAACUGGAUGGCAUCAACCGACAUUCCUUUAACAAUUUCCGCCUACGUGUUGGGAUCAAUCAUGGCCCGGUGAUCGCUGGUGUGAUUGGUGCCCGGAAGCCUCAGUAUGACAUUUGGGGCAACACUGUUAAUGUUGCCAGCCGAAUGGAGAGCACAGGGGAACUUGGCAAGAUCCAGGUCACAGAAGAAACAAGCAAAAUACUACAGGAGCUGGGAUACUCAUGUGAAUGUAGGGGACUCAUUAAUGUCAAAGGCAAGGGAGAACUGAGGACUUACUUUGUUUGCACUGAGACAGCCAAAUUCCAGGGCAUGGGACUGAACUGAGGCUACAAUGAAGUUAAUCAGAAUAGACUUGGAUCUGCCUCCCUUCUGUGAAGACGUAGAAUUUCCCUCCUUAUGUGAAGGACUUUAUUCUAAACACAUGUAUAUACUGUUCCUAUCUCUUCUACAUCUCAAGAGAAUUUUUUUUUUAAUAAAGAAGAAUUCUGAGAAGUUUCUGGAAGAUACACAACCGUCAGUCUGAAAAAGACUACUUUUUCCUGAAGUAAUUUGAAGAUUUAUCUAGAAUUGCCAUGAAGCAUUUUCAGCUAGUCGCUUUCCUUACCUGCACUGGCAAUCUUAACAGCUCCGGUGACAACAGGAGUGGAUGCACUGUAGAACUCAUUCCCAUGUUAAACAUUCCAUUUCCUGCGUGACACACACCUGCUUACAGUAUUGUGUUUGUCCUGACAUGUGCAGUGAUACUGAGGGCACUGCUAUCCUGCUUUUAAUGCUGAACAGACUUCACAGCAGAAGACAGCUGCAUAAUGGGAAGAGGAAUGCAAGGAAACUCAAGUGUAUCACAUGAUAACUGUGCUGAGCUCUUUUAGAAAAAAACCUGAAUUGCACAGCAUGGGGUCACUUCACCACCCUCACUUCCUCCACAGCAGUACCUUGUGUUAUGCAGAUGUUUUCAUGACCAAGAGCUGUUCAGAAAUAACUUUCAUCUAGUUCAGCAUGUUUACAUUGUAUUACAUGUUCUCCUUUGUACUUCUCUGUAAUUAGUAUCUGCAUGUGCAUUUUGUUCUGUCAUGGUAAGUUUUAAAUUUUUUACUUUAAAUUUCAAAAAGUACAACUGCUGGUGAGGAGCACAGGGGACAGGCUCUGACAGCAGCUGCUGCUGCUGAUCCCAGCAGGAAUUCUGAUUCUCUGCUGUGUACUUGAGGGCACUUAGGGAAGAAAGAAUAAUCUGUUCUGAAUUGCUGGGUAGGUGAAGAACAGAAUUACUAAGAAAGUGUUAGAAACAGUAGCAGAUACCAUAUAAACAGAACUGUAUCUGUGGUGGGGUUUGGUUUUGGUUUUUUUUUUUCUGUUCUUAUUUCUACAAUUUGUCUAGCCACUGGCUGGUUUCUAUGCCUUUCAAAGGCAAUGCAGUUUUUUUCAUAAACUGGUUUUGAAGGUUACAAAAGGACAUAUGGAAAAAAUGUAUUCAUAAUGGAAAUGUUUCAGCAGAGCCCCAAUACUGGAAGUAUGAGUAGAGCAUUCAUAAGAUCAUUGUGGACAUGGUGUAAAUUAGUUUAGUUUGUAAGGUUUUUAAGCUGUUAGUGGCCUUUGCCAAUUUCUACAUUGGCAUUUUUUACUUACUGCAGUCUCUUAAUCUGUUUGCUGCUGGUGGUGACAGUAGUUUGUAAGGCUAACAUCUUGUGCCUGCUUAUGUCUGUUACUAUGGAUGGAUUCCCUCUUUUCCCUGUAAACCACAUGUUAGGGCUGGACAGCAGAGUCAUUAGUGAGUACAACACUUGGUUUUGGUUGAGCCUUACUCCUCUACAAACAGCAUUUCCUAAUGCUUCUGGGUUUAGCACCAACCCAUCCUGGACAAGUGUUGAAGCAAUCCUGUGCUUCACUUCCACUUUCUAAUUACUGUGUAAUUUCUUUAGAAGUGGAAGUGACUAUGUUUCAAGACAGGAACAAACCUAAAUAUUGUCCAACUGUGGAUUACAAAUCGUGCCUGUAGUCUUUUGUCAAUUUUCUAGAUGAAAUCUGUGUGUAGUAGGUCUCCAUCAGAAAACAGCAUGUAAGAAAACCUGAAUUAGAGGUUGUCUAGUUCACACAUGGGCUCUGCUGAAGAAGGAAGUGACAUACUCACUGUUGUGUUAGUGCAAGUCAGUGUUGUAGCUGAAUAAACCUUCCAACAGCUUUUGCUACUCUUGUAUGUUGUGUAUUUGUAAUUACAGGUGCUCAGCAAGCAUUUGUUUUGAGAUAUUUAUUGUUUUACAGGACCAUGCAUGUGUCAAAGGCUACUUUCAGCAGUCUUUGAUGUCAUGUUAAGUAAAGUGACCGUUUGUCUUAUGAAUCUAUUUCAAAAAGUGCAUUAUGCCUAUAAAUAGAGCUGGCUCUGAAGUGCUCCUGUUCAUAGAACUAGCAGACUGUAGAUGUAAGUUAUCUAUGAAAGAACAUUUGCUGUCUGUAACAGCAUUUUGAAAUGCUUUUGUUUACAUGAUGUUGCCUGCCAGGCUGGUAUCUUUGGGUGUAACAUCAACUCAACCUCAUUUGCAGAAGUGGCAGGAAGAGCUGCAGCUUCCAAAGGGGAAGGAGUUGGGUUUGAUUGCAGGCUUAAAAAGAAUGCUCACUUGGUGUGCUGUGCACAGCCUUCUUGGGGCAGUUAGAAACUGUGUGUAAUGAAAAAGAGGGUGACUAAUUUCUCACCAGAACUGGAACAGUGUAAUAUGAGAGCUAUAUUCAACCACAGAAAAAGUUCAACUUAACAAGCAACUGUAUUGAAAUAAUUGUUUUCAGCAGUUCUUCUGAGAGUGAACUGUGAAACUUAACAUUGAGGAAACAAUCUUGUUGGAAAAAUCUUCCUUGCAGCAUUAUUUUUUUUUCUUAAAUGGAAAAAAUGGCACUGUAUCUAAUUUGAAGAGCUAAUAACAUUUGGAACUAGGAAUCUGUUUUAAAGAACAAACUUUUGUUUAUACCACGAAAUAAAAAUUCUUGAAACAUGUCUGGUUUUGCAGUUAUUUUGAUGGAGAUAGCUAUGAAAAGGAGUCAUUUUUUAAUAGCACUGCAGAAUUAAUGGGACUUUUUUUACUCACAAAUUAAACUCGAUGUUUAUCUUUUUAAAAAAUGUUGCUAGUAGAAAAUGUUGAGUGACAUCCACGUGUUCAACAGCUGAUGACAAAUGUCAAUAUUUCUGUCACUGGUAGCCACCUCCUGCAUCAUCUAAAAGGUGAGUGAUGGGCAGUGAGGUGCUAUGGAAGGAGCCACUAAGGAUUUGGCUGGCACAUUUGCCCUGAAUCUUGUCUUUUUCCUGUAGCAGGAAAAUAAAUGAUUUAUAUAUUAAUGGAAAAAUUAAUUCCUCCCCUGAUGUAAUAAUUCAGCUGCUAUUACCUAGAACUGAAAAAGUUCCAGUGUUGUCCAUUAACUCUGCU